GCCCCUCCCUUCCUGCUGCAGCACAAGAUGGCGGCUGAGGUGGAUUUCGGGGACAGCGAGCUGUUCCAGCAGCUCGACGAAGAAGAAGGGUCGCCGCCGCUGCCACCUCGCCCCGGCCUAGAGGAGGAGGAGGAGGAGGAGGAAGAAGAGGAGGAAGAGGAGGAAAAUGAGAAGGAGGAGGAGGACGAGGAUGAACAGGAGGAGGAAGUGGUGGCGGCUGUGGGGGAGAGACCCGACAAAACCCUGAAGGAGUUGUACAAGAGGCUGCGGGACCGCGAGGAGACGGUGCGGCUGCUGCGGGAGGAGAAUCAGGAACUUAAAAGGAAGCUGAAUAUUCUGACUCGUCCUAGUGGAAUUUGUGUGGAGAACUCCAAAGUAGAUGGGCCUCUGUUACAGAUUUUAUUUAUGAACAAUGUCAUUUCUAAGCAGUAUCAUCAAGAAAUUGAAGAUUUCAUUUUUGGCUUAGUUCAGAGAUAUGAAGAGCAGAGGAAAAAUGAAGACGAAAAAACACAGUUCAAUGUUGAGCCACAGCCCUCCAGUAUUCUUUUGGAAGAGGACGGUAAAGCAGCAAGCUCGAAUUCUAAAAAAGUGAAAGAAGCUUUUAGUGUUGUAGGAAGUGUUCUGUAUUUUGCCAAUUUUUGUCUUGAUAAACUGGGACAGCCUAUAUUAAAUGAGAAUCCACAGCUGACAGAAGGAUGGGAAAUACCUAAAUAUCAGCAAGUUUUCAGCCACAUUCUCUCCCUAGAUGGACAAGAAAUACAAGUAAAAACAAAAAGCAGGCCAAAACCUACUUGUUUCAAUUGUGGUUCAGAAGACCAUCAAAUGAAAGACUGUCCAAAGCCACGAAAUCCAGCUCGUAUAAGUGAGAAGAGAAAGGAGUAUAUGGAAGCAUGUGGUGAAUCGAGCAAUCAGAUUUUUCAGCAGCGUUAUCAUGAAGAAGAAGUAGAAGAGAGGUUUGGAAAAUUUAAACCAGGAGUAAUUAGUGGGGAGCUGCAAGAUGCACUUGGGGUCACAGAUAAGAGUCUGCCUCCAUUCAUAUAUCGCAUGCGGCAGCUGGGUUACCCUCCAGGCUGGCUCAAGGAAGCUGAAAUGGAGCAUUCGGGGCUUGUGCUUUAUGAUGGAAAAAAUGAUAGUGGAGCAGAUGAAAGAUCUCGCCAACCAAAACACACCAUUUACGAUGUCUCGAAGUUGAUAAACUAUCCAGGCUUUAACAUAUCCACUCCAAGUGGGAUCCCAGAUGAAUGGCAGUUGUUUGGUUCCAUUCCCAUGCAGCCAUCUCAACAAAAGGAGGUUUUUGCUCACUACCUUUCCAGUUUCCAUGAGCCAAGUCCAAAACCUAACAAUAAAAGGCCUGCAUCUCAGUCACGAUCUCAUCACUCAAAACAGCCAAAAGGCGACAAUUUGGAGGCACCUGUAACUGACAUGGAAAUAGAUUCUGACCUGGAAGCGUCACAAAGAUCUCAAGCCCUGAACAGCUCCCACUUCCAACCUCCACUGCCCCCGGGGCAUCCAUCGAUGCCAACUCCUCCUCCUUUACCACAAGGAACACCUCCACAAAAUCUUUCACCACCUCAACCUUCAAUCUCCACCCACCAUCCUCCUCUUAGGACUGCUUCACCAUCAAAUCCUUCCAGUGAUACUUCUGAGCUACAAAUAGUAGACUCGGUCAUGGAUGAGGAUUCUCUGACCUUAGAAGAGCUAGAGGAACAGCAGCGCUUAAUCUGGGCAGCACUUGAGCAGGCAGAAAGCACAAACAGUGACUCUGAUAUUCCUGUUGGUACACCUUUAGCUGGAAAUUCUGUUACAUCAUCACCAUCUAGGAACGAAGCAGGUCUUGUUGCAGAAGUAAGGUCAUCUGUGGAGGUGGUUUCAGUGGAAACGAGGCUUUUUGAUACCAGUGAACUACCAGAGCUACCAGAAAACGAAUGUUCUAUGGCUAGUCCUAAUCCAGGAGAUAGUUCACUUCACUCCAAGGAGGAUCCUGCUCAUUCUGAAUCAGAUUUUGAAGGCUUGCUAGAUAACACCAGGCCUGUUCCCAACCCUGAGGUUAAAGAGGGAGAAAAUACAAGUGAUAAUAAAGUAAUUGAAAGCACUGCAAAAAGUUGCAGUUUUGUUCCUGAUAUGAGCAAGUUUGCUGCAGGCAUAGCACCGUUUGAAUUUGAAAACUUGGCAGAAUCCACAGGUGUUUAUCUACGAAUAAGAAACCUGUUAAAAAAUUCCCCAAGAAACCAGCAAAAGAGAAAGACUUCACCUUAACUGGUCUUCAUUUGUUUCAUUGUUUCCAAAUCUCUGCUUCUGUCUCUUUCCCCCUCCAGUUUUAAAAACUCUGAAAACUUCUCUUUUGUGGCAAGGUGAAAACCUUGACAAAUACAAGUCUGCCCCAUUCUUCAUUGGAACUGAUGUCAGUGCAGGGCUUCUCUGUUGCCCUGGACCACCAGUGCAACCAGAAAAUACAGGAUAAUGUCUCCAGAUUGCAUCUUUUCCCUGAGGAAUAGCAGGGCUGUUGAUUUGUUAAGAGUGAUUUACUUACCAAAACAUAAAACUCCAAAACAAAAAUAGGUGUUUGUGGUUUGCUGUAAUUAUUUUGGCUAGGGUUUAUAUUGUUCUUGAGUUUCAAGUGGAUUGGUGGGUUUUAUAUUUGUCCUUUAUACAAAAAUCUGUGCUUUAUACAUUUUGCUAAGUAUCCUGUAGAUAAGUUUAAUAUAUUCUGAAUGUUUUUAAGAAAGGUCUAAUGUGAAGAUUUUCCCCAUCAGAAAGCCUGGCAAUUGGAUGAAAAUAAUCAGAAAUGACCAGAAUCAGCUUCACCAGUCCAAGUAUUUUUAUAAAUUGUUUAUGUGGGUUGGUUUUAAUUGCCACUAUAUCUUUUGUACCAUCGUCCUUUCUGUAAGCUUGCUGUACAUACGUGUUUGUGGUUGUGUACAGAGGUUUAAUAAAUGAACUUUUGUAUAA